AUGUCUCAGAACAACAGUUCACCUUCUCCUAACCCAGAUACUAUUGCCACGGAGAUUGUGAAUCAGAUGGGGGAUGUAAUCCAGCUGGUUGGUCACAUGGUAGCGCAGAGUAUCUUAACCCAGCUCAGCCCAUCUGCUAGUACCCCUUUACCUGCACCUACUGCCACAUCUUUCCAUGCUGUGUCGUCUACAUCUGCUGUUGAUGCUGCGCCUGUGCAGUUUGUGUCCCACAGGAAGCUUAAGGACCCACCAUGCUUCAGAGGGGAUGGUUCUGAUCUCAUUUCUGUGACAGAGUGGGAGGAUCUGAUGAGAGCCUUUAUAAAGCUGGGGAGUCUGAGAUCUGAAGAACAGGCUGAAGAGAUCCUUGUUCAUUUGAGAGGCAAGGCUAAGGAUGUGGUCCAGGUUGGGAUUAGAAACAGUGUCGUAGAUGCCACAGGUGAUCCUGAGGCUAUUUAUGGAAUCCUGAGGAGACACUUUGACUCUGCUCAGUGCUCACCUCUUCCACUGGCAGACUUCUACACCACUCUCCCAGAGAAAGGUGAAAGUGCAUUUGAUUACUGGCUUAGGCUGCACCGUGCUGUUGAUCUGUUGAAUUGUCCCUCUCCUGAGCUUGCCAUGAUCUUUAGAUCAAAGACAAUUGAUAAAUGGACGGUCCACGAGGUCCAGGAAAUCCUGUGUGAGUCCCACUCUGAAGGAACGUUGAAUUCAAGCAGCAUGACAACUGGGAGAGUUGCAAUGAAUGCACAGCAAAUAUCAGCAGCAUUGCCUGCCCAGCCAACAGAGAAACACAUUCAGCCACAGUCAACAGAUUUAGCUACUUUGGAGCGGCUUAUAGGCAUGCUUGAGAAGGUUCUUCUCAAGGAUCCUUUCAGCCUGAUCCUCGUCGUCUUCUGCCCCUCAACGGUUGGACAACUAGAUGAUCCACAUUUGAAGGAGAAAGGUGUGGAUCAUCUGAAUGACUCUCCCAUCUGCGACAGCGAUGACCUGGGAUCCAUGUAUGAAUCUCUGUUCCGCUUCGCCACCUGGUCUGUUGAACAAAGGAAGGAACUCUUGCACAGACUAGGACUACAAGACUUGGACUUAGACAAUUGUGAGGUGUCUGACAGAUGGAAAGAUCAGCUUCUGCAGCUUGUGGAAAAGUAUGAGUCUAUCUUUUCUAAGGAUAAAAUGGACUGUGGAGAAGCUACUGAUGUUGUCCACAAAAUACACCUUGUGGAUGAGAGGCCUUUUCGUUUGCCUUAUCGCAGAGUACCGCCGAGUCAGUAUGAGAAGCUGAGAACUGCUCUGAAUGAGAUGGAAGAAAGGGACAUAAUCCGGAAGUCAAACAGUGAGUAUGCAUCGCCACUGGUCUUGGUGUGGAAGAAGGAUGGCAGCCUGCGCAUUUGCACUGAUUUCAGAUGGCUCAAUGCAAAAACUGCUAAAGACGCGCACCCGCUGCCACACCAAGCCGACGCCCUGGCUGCUCUGAGUGGAAAUGUUUUCUUUUCAACAAUGGAUUUGACCUCUGGAUUUUACAAUGUGCCUCUCUACAAGCCUCACAAGAAAUACACAGCAUUCUCCUCACCCUUUGGUCUCCAUGAGUACAACCAGAUGCCUCAGGGCCUGUCGAACAGUCCGGCGACCUUCAUGCAAAUGAUGAUGUCGAUCUUUGGUGACGAGAAUUUCAGCAGCUUGCUUUGUUACUUGGACGACUUGAUGGUGUUUGCGCCUGACGAGGUGACCGCCCUUUAA